AUGUCCACCGCUUCCUCCGUUCCAUGGCGCGUCGACUCUGACGCCGCUCGUCGCUCCAGCGUCGCGAGCUUCAACGAGUUCUUGCGCUCCACGCGGUCGGCGCUGACGCAGUCCCCGCCUCCCGCGGUCGUGCACGUGUUCAUGGGCAAUGAGGCGGCGGACGCCGACUCCAUCGUCAGCUCGCUGGUCUACGCCUUCAUGCACUACCAGCGGCACUCGGAGGCGCUGCACGUGCCCGUCCUGUCCAUCCCCAGAGCAGAACUGGUGCUGCGCUGCGACGUCACCGCGCUGUUCCAGGAGCUGGGCGUCGACACGCACGCGCUCGUGUUCGUGGACGAGUUUCCGUGGGGCCUCAAGUCCAAGGUGAAGGUGACGCUGAUGGACCACAAUGCACUGAGCAACAAGAAGAUCCCGCAGCUGGGAGACUUGCGCGUGGUGGAGAUCGUGGACCACCACUCGGACCUGGGCCAGCACUUGGACGCCGAGAAGCGGGAGGUGGCGUUCGCGGACGGCAACGCGCUGGUGGCCAGUACCUGCACGCUGGUCGCCGAGAGGCUGAAGGAAGCGGAGAGUCAUGACGUACACAAGCUGCUGUCGACUAUGUUGCUUGGAGUCAUUGCUCUGGACAGCAUCAAUUUCGAUCCGAGUGCGAAGAAGGUGACGCCGCGGGAUGUGAAGGCUGCCGAGCAGUUGGAGCAGACCGCGUUCGCGAAGAAGGAGGAGUUGUUCAAGUGGCUGCAAGCGGAGAAGUUUAAUCCGGCUCACUGGGGGGCGUUCACGCUGGAGAAUUGCCUGCAGGUAGACUACAAGGAGUUUACGUUCUCGACGGCGACUGGUGAUGCCAAGAAGGUCGGCAUCAGUGCGGUGCUUAUUGACUUGGAGGCCUUCGUGCUCAAGUCGAAAGACGCUGCCGCACUGCGUGAGGGUUUAUCGACGUACUGCAAGCAGAACGAGUUGGCGUUCUUGGUGGUGAUGACCAUGUUCAUGACCGCCGAUGGGCAGCGCCACCGCCAGUUGCUCUUCUUCCAGGAAAGUGGUGACGACGUCAAACACUGCGUGACAUUCUUUGAAAAGGAAGCUUCACUGCAUCUGGAAGUUUUGAAGCUGCCCGAGACGCACCGCGAUGGACAUGUAGCAGCCUUCAACCAGCUCAACACGGCUGCGUCAAGGAAGCAAGUCGCACCGUUGAUUCAGCGCGCCCUUGCUGAGCCUGUAGUCAAGCUAUAG